GUGAAAGAGGAACAAACAUCCAUCCAUCCAUGUAUACAAACUUUCGCGUUUAUAAUAUUAGUAGGAUGGUAACGUUCCCACUAGUGCGUAACGUGUUGUGUUGUGAUGGCUUAUGUAUGGAACCGAUACAGUUCUGACGCGUCACGUCACGACACAUCAGACAAAUAUAAAUCCACCUUGUCUUGCUCGCAAUAUUACAUACACAAACAAAAGUACCUAUACAGUAACUAUGAGACCAUUUCUGUCUAUAUUCAUUUGGAGGGCGCCACUUCUAACUUAGAAGUUCUAAGCAAAUCUAUCAAUCUAGCUGAGGAGAUGUACAUAUAGUUCACGUUACGCUAUCAUUGCUGUCAGCCACAUUCAUUGGUACUCCCUUUAUCUUUGAUUUUAUUCAUUAACUACGCGUGCGGCGUUACUGACGCACUAGCGUGCGAGAGAUAGAUUUUGAAUAAACAAUUUUUAUCUUAAAGAAAUCUACUAAGUACCUAUACCUUCGUAAACAAAAAAUAGAUAGAUUUAUUUUUAUGCACAUUUGUCCACUUUAUUGUCAGAGCCUGGUUAGAGCAUUUUUCAAGGGCGCAGUUUUGAAAGCUCGCACCGGGCGCAUAAAAGGCUAGUUACGGCACUGCGUAUGGGUUCGCGACGGUCGCAUUCUGGUUCGCAAAGAUGACGGCUCUAAUGCUAAGCAAAUAAAAUCCUUAGACGCCAUCUCACUGCUUUAAGUAAUUAAUAUUUGACUGUGCUCAUAAUUAUAUGCUUAACAUUUUAGUUCAAUAUUUAUUAUCAAAAUAUGAGAGGAAUGCGAACCAAACUCCAUGAUAUCAACUUAGCAGUUGGCACCACACAUUAUGAUGUCAUUGUUAUGACUGAAACGUGGCUUAACAGCAGCAUAAAUGAUGGUGAGAUUUUCAACACAUCAUACAACAUAUACCGAAGAGACAGAGCUUCCAGUUCUCUCGGUUCCAAGGAGGGAGGAGGCGUACUGAUUGCGAUAUCCAAAACAAUUCACUCAGUUCGUGCUCGCCAUUGGGAAUCAACGGCAGAAGAUCUAUGGGUUAAGUUAAAAUUGAAUAAUGGUAAGCAAAUUAAUGUCUGUGGCGUAUAUCUUCCACCACCAAUAACCCAACAACAGCUGGACUCGUUCCUGGACAAUGCAACGAGUACCAUCGAUACUACCUGUGAAGAUGUAAUUAUACUGGGCGACUUCAACCUUGGAUUCAUAAACUGCCAUGCCAGUGAACCUAACACAUCGAGAACUGUACCUUCUAACUACAGUAACAGUCUGGGCUUCUCAUUGAUUGAUUUUAUGUCGGUAAACUCACUGCAACAGUUUAACUGUAUAGAAAAUUCUAAAAAGAAUGUUUUAGAUUUAGUUCUUUCUAAUUUACUGAUUUGUAAUGUAAAAAAAUGUGAAUCUCCAUUAUGUAGAGUAGACAAAUAUCACCCACCUUUAGAAUUAUAUUUCCCAUCUGUGAUAAUAGCCUCCUUAAAACCUAAACAAACAAGUAGUUUUAACUUCCGUGGUGCAGACUAUGAAUCAAUCAACAGAAGACUUCUUAGUUUUAAUUGGCAUGAGUUGUUUGAUCCUAUAUUAUCGGUCCAUGAAAUGGUGUCUAUCUUUUAUUCAAGACUAAAUGUUGUAAUCAGUGAACUCGUUCCUAAGCGCAAGCGUAUUAACAGUAAAUAUCCACAGUGGUAUUCUAAAUCUCUAGUUAAUAUCUUAAAUGAGAAGGAAAAGUUGAGGAUUCGGUUUAACAAGUAUGGCAACCCGAGAGAUGAAAUCGAAUAUAGAAUUUUAAGCGACCGCGCUCGAACACAUAUUAAAGACUGUUACAAUAAAUUUCUGAAUGGGAUGGAAAACAACAUUAAGUUUAAUCCAAAAGCCUUCUGGUCGUUCGUUAAAGCUAAAAAGUCUCAGUCAUCAACGAUUCCAUCAGAGGUAAAAUUAAAUAACUCCGUAGCCAGUAAUGGUGAAGGGAUUUGUAACUUUUUUGCUUCUCAUUUUUCCUCGACUUUCACCACAUGUAAUGGUAACAACAGUCAACUGGUUGCAGGUACACAUAGGUUUCCUCAGCUAACAUUGUGUGCAAUUCAAUUUACUGAAAAAGACGUUCUCAGUAAACUUCUGCGUUUGGAUGUGACCAAAGGACCUGGACCUGAUGGGCUACCACCUAUAUUUUUUAAAAAAUGUGCUCGUAGUCUAGCGCUCCCACUUACAUUAAUAUUUAAUAGAUCUGUAGCUGCAAUACGUUAAACGUGCGCGCGCCGCAACGGCGGGCGCCCCACUGAAGUCUCGCGCGCCAAGCUAGCCAUAUUUAUACGGUGCGUUUCGAGCGCUCUCAUUGGCCAGCGCGGAUUGUGAUAGAUUCGCGCCCUACACUACGGAAUCAUUGUAAUAGCAUUUAAGUAGCCAGGCAUUUUAGUAAAAUAUAUUCAUUCUUACCUCGA